CUAUUGUUGUCAACAGCCAAUCAAAUCGGACGACACUGACAUACCUCCGGUGAGGGUAACUACAUGCAGCGUGUGCAUUGAAUUUAUAAACAGAGAAUUCGUAAUGGCAUCAAAGAAGAAAGUGUGUGUCGUAGGAUCAGGAAACUGGGGUUCUGCAAUUGCCAAAAUUGUGGGAAACAAUGUGUUGGCCCAGACUGAUCAGUUUGACACAGAGGUUAGGAUGUGGGUGUUUGAGGAGACAGUGGAGGGACGAAAGCUUACAGAGAUCAUCAACAAUGAUCAUGUGAAUGUCAAAUACUUGCCAGGAAUCCAGCUCCCCAAAAAUGUGGUAGCCAUUCCAGAUGUAAAGGAUGCAGCAGAGAACGCUGACAUUUUGAUUUUUGUCCUCCCCCAUCAGUUUGUUCGGGGCGUCUGUAAGCAGCUUGAUGGGAAAGUCAAUCCUGGAGCCAUUGCUGUGUCACUUAUUAAAGGUUUUGAUGUAGCAGAUGGUGGGGGAAUACUUUUAAUAUCAGACGUAAUACGAGAAAUGUUAAAGAUCCCCUGCGCAGCAUUGAUGGGUGCUAAUAUAGCCAAUGAAGUAGCCAAAGAAAACUACUGUGAGGCCACAAUAGGUAUAAAAGUCAAAGAGCAUGGUCCCCUUCUGAAGGACCUGUUCCAGACAGAUUAUUUCAGAAUCGUUGUCUGCGAUGAUGAAACCACAGUAGAAGUGUGUGGUGCUCUAAAGAACAUAGUGGCAGUGGGGGCUGGUUUUGCGGAUGGACUUGGUUAUGGAGACAACACUAAGGCAGCAGUGAUCAGGCUGGGCCUGAUGGAGAUGAUCAAAUUCUGUGAAGUCUUCUAUCCAGAAUCCAAUCAGUCCACGUUUCUAGAGAGUUGUGGUGUUGCUGACCUUGUCACCACUUGUUAUGGUGGUCGAAACAGGAAAGUAGCGGAGGCUUUUGUCAAGACUGGGAAGUCAAUUGAAGCACUUGAAGCAGAGAUGUUGAAUGGCCAGAAGUUACAAGGACCUCCUACUGCAUAUGAAGUCAAUUACAUGCUUAAAAACAAAAAGAUGGAGGAUAGAUUUCCAUUAUUUACUGCCAUACACAAUAUAUGCAAAGGGAAUUUGGAAGUCCAAAAGUUUAUGGACUGUCUCAAAAACCAUCCAGAGCACAUGUCACCUAAUCCACGCCUUUAGAUCUCUUGAAAACCUUUGCCUUGGCUGUAAUGAUAUAAACACUUUGGGAACAUCUUUUAGCUUUUGCAAUUUCUUCAUACUACCCUUUUAGACGCAGCAGCAAUAAAAUGUACAAUGGAACGUUUCGCUGAAUUUGCUUAAUUGUUGUAUUUAUUCCACAUUUAUCCAACCUUUCUGUUGUGAAAAGCUUGCAUGUAUUUGUUUUAAGAUUGCUUAUUUAUUCUUUUUUCUGUCCUUUUAAGUUUCAUAGUUGUUUGUUGCUUUAAGCAUUGUGUUGUCUUAUAUUUAAGAUAUGUAUAAAUUUAUUUACACUGUAUAGUAUAUAUGCAUAUUUGAGCACCAGUUAGAACUUGCUGAAUUGUAUGUUAUGCGCUUCAAGCUUUGCUUCAUUGAAAAUUCAAAAUCAUUAGAACAAAAAUCCAUUUCAAGGUGAUCAAUCAGUCAUAAUGUAACCUAUAUACAUGUACAUGUAUUUGAUAAAAGACUUGCCUUCCUAAUCUUGUGUUUUAAAUUCUAAUUAAAUUUAAAAAAAAAACAAAUUGUAAACAAAUAUCCAAAUAAAGAGGAAGAAAGAAAAAGAAUUUUCUUCACCCCCCCCCCCUUCCAUUAAAAAUCAACCCACCAAACGUUUGCGUCCAAUAACAUUUAUUUUGACUAGAAAUGCAUCUACAAAUGACGUAAUUAACACAUGCUUUACUUACCAUUAGAGAGAUGUGACUGACAAACAUUAAUUUUGUUGCACUAACAGAUUAUUUUUUAGGUUUUAAAGUGUAGACAAAACAUGUAGCUUUUAUUCUGUGGUUGAUAUUUAUAAACAGGUGAAAAUAUUUAUCAGAGGCAUAUGACUACUAUAUUUAUAGUUCAUGUAUUUAUUGUGUAAUAAAAUGUAUAGAACAAUUACUACAUCCUAUUCAAUGUAAUAUUCAAGGGCUAUGUAUUCAAUCAUGUUGUAGGCUUGUAUAUUUUCAUAAUAUUAGGAUGAUAUUUUAUCAUUGUUAGAUAGACGUCUUUGUGAAUUUGAUUUAGUGUGUAUGAAACUUGUUAGAAUAUUGUACAUGUAUGCCAUUUAAUUACAACAGUGAUCUAUAUGUUAGUUAACUGAUGAAUGAUAAUCAUAAGCUGUGGUGGCAUUAUUUAAUAAAAAUUCAACGUA